AUGGCAGUUGCUUUGCCCCUCACUCAGCAAGCCUUAGCCCAAGAGCAGAACGAGAAAUGGACUAACGAGCUAUUAGAUGGCUCUAUCAGACUGUUGGAUGCUUGUGCCACUGCCAAGGACGUCGUCUUGCAAACCAAGGAAUGCAUAUUGGAUCUUCAAUCAACCUUACGAAGAACACGAGGGGGUGAAUCAGGAGCUCUCACAAGUGAGGCUAACAAAUCUCUAAGCUCCAAGAAGAUUGUGGAAAAGGCAAUACGAAAGGCUUUGAAGAAUCUUAAGGGCAUCGAAAACCGAUCCACCUACUCUGCCCUCAACAAGGACCAAGAGGCUAUUGUCAUUGUCAGCAAGUUGAGAGAUGUUGAAGCAGUCACCGUCAUGGUGCUUGAAUCAGUACUGUCAUUCGUCUCCUGGCCAAAGUCAAAGCCAAGCAGCUGGUCAUUGGUCUCCAAGACGAUGUGUUUGGGAUAA